CUGCGCCAAUCACGGGGCCCACACCGGCUCCCUCCGCCCCCUCCGAGGAAGGCCGCAGCACCUUCGUGCGCACGCGCUGCCGCUCCCCGGGGUCUCUCGGGUACUUGCGCGGGGCUCGUCGAGCGUCCCUGCCGCUCCCCCCGGGGGUUGGUGGGGGUGAGGGAUGGACGCGUGCGCGCGCUCUGGUGGCCCCGCCCCCAGCAGUGCGCGCUCCACGGCGUCUGAGGGGCGGGGGGCGCGGGCAAGGCUGGCCAUGGAGGCCCUGCGAAAAGCCCACGAGGCUGUUCUGCGGCUGCUGCUGUGCCGGCCUUGGGCCUCGGGCGCCGCCUCCCGCCCGAAGCCCCACGCCUCGGAGGUGCUGACGCAGCACCUGCUGCAGCGACGCCUGCCGCACUGGACCUCCUUCUGCGUUCCCUACAGCGCCGUCCGCAACGACCAGUUCGGCCUCUCGCACUUCAACUGGCCGGUGCAGGGCGCCAACUACCAUGUUCUGCGCACGGGCUGCUUCCCCUUUAUCAAGUAUCACUGCUCCAAGGCCCCCUGGCAGGACCUGGCCCAGCAGGAUCGGUUCUUCACGGCGCUCAAGGUCAUCAACCUCGGUGAGUGGCCCGGGCGGGUGAGGCACGACCCGCCGACGAGGGCCCAACUGUUUGAAAAGCACGCUGACGAACGUCGCUCAGAGGUCAAGACCCCGGCCCAAGGUAUUCCAACUUUAUUAUAUGGACUUGGCUCCUGGUUAUUUGCUAGAGUCACAGAGACUGUGCAUACCAGUUAUGGACCAAUAACAGUUUAUUUUCUAAAUAAAGAAGAUGAAGGUGCCAUGUAUUGAAAGUGUGCAUUGGAAAACAUAAAUAUUAGUGGAUUUUUCUCAUGCAUAUGAGCAAUAUUUAUUUUUGAUCCUUUAAAAUAAAACUUUUGCAAACAUUUUGUUCUUUCCGCAGUGUCUGGUUCUUUAAAAUGAAUCAUAGCCCUCAAGAGGCAAAGCUUGUCAUUGUUAUAUGCACACACCC